GAGUUGGGCAUCUCCGGCGCGGCCCACGCUUGGAUUGCGUCCUACCUGACAGGUCGCUCCUACCAGGUGGCGUGGCGAGAAUCUGUCUCCUCACCACACGCUCUCACCACUGGUGUCCCCCAGGGCUCUGUUCUAGGCCCUCUCCUAUUCUCGCUAUACACCAAGUCACUUGGCUCUGUCAUAACCUCACAUGGUCUCUCCUAUCAUUGCUAUGCAGACGACACACAAUUAAUCUUCUUCUUUCCCCCUUCUGAUGACCAGGUGGCGAAUCGCAUCUCUGCAUGUCUGGCAGACAUAUCAGUGUGGAUGACGGAUCACCACCUCAAGCUGAACCUCGGCAAGACGGAGCUGCUCUUCCUCCCGGGGAAGGACCGCCCGUUCCAUGAUCUCGCCAUCACGGUUGACAACUCCAUUGUGUCCUCCUCCCAGAGCGCUAAGAACCUUGGCGUGAUCCUGGACAACACCCUGUCGUUCUCAACUAACAUCAAGGCGGUGGCCCGUUCCUGUAGGUUCAUGCUCUACAACAUCCGCAGAGUACGACCCUGCCUCACACAGGAAGCGGCGCAGGUCCUAAUCCAGGCACUUGUCAUCUCCCGUCUGGAUUACUGCAACUCGCUGUUGGCUGGGCUCCCUGCCUGUGCCAUUAAACCCCUACAACUCAUCCAGAACGCCGCAGCCCGUCUGGUGUUCAACCUUCCCAAGCUCUCUCACGUCACCCCGCUCCUCCGCUCUCUCCACUGGCUUCCAGUUGAAGCUCGCAUCCGCUACAAGACCAUGGUGCUUGCCUACGGAGCUGUGAGGGGAACGGCACCUCAGUACCUCCAGGCUCUGAUCAGGCCCUACACCCAAACAAGGGCACUGCGUUCAUCCACCUCUGGCCUGCUCGCCUCCCUACCACUGAGGAAGUACAGUUCCCGCUCAGCCCAGUCAAAACUGUUCGCUGCUCUGGCUCCCCAAUGGUGGAACAAACUCCCUCACGACGCCAGGACAGCGGAGUCAAUCACCACCUUCCGGAGACACCUGAAACCCCACCUCUUUAAGGAAUACCUAGGAUAGGAUAAAGU